AUGUUACAAACAAUAUUGGGCUGUAUUAUACUGGAUUCAGAUGGAGAAAGAAUAGCAUCUCGUUAUUAUGGCAACUAUAAGUCGAAUAGUUUUAUGAGGUUAUGUAAUCAAUUGGAAUUUGAAAAGCAAUUAUAUCAGAAAGGCUCAAAAUUAGCUGGUAGAAACGAAGCAGAAGCUAUUUUCGUAGAUGAAUUUUUAUGUUUAGUCUAUGCAAUUAAUGAUAUAUGUAUAUAUCUUAUUUCUAAGAAAUCUGAAAAUGAAUUGAUAUUACUUGAUGUUAUCAAUUGUAUAUAUGGUACUUUACUAACGGUAACUGUAAACAAUAUAUCAAAGAAAUCGUUAUUUGAAAACUUAGAUAGUGUUCAUUUAAUCCUAGAUGAAGUUGUAGAUGAAAGUGGCAUUAUUUUAGAAACAGAUCCAAGAGUAGUAUAUCAGAGAAUCCGAAUGCAAGGAUCUAAUGCACUCGAAGAAACAUCAUUUAAUCAAGCUUUUACAACAGCUAAAGAGAACAUAAUGAGGAGUUUCUUAUAA